AUGGGAUCGAAGUUUGUGAAGUAUCUUUCAGACUCCAUUGCAAAUCUGAGCUCCCUGGUCAUGAGCAUCUCCUCAAGUACCCAUGCUCCUGCUGAAGAAUCCACAGUUCCUCUAAGUUCAAUAGAUAUGAAUGAAAAGACAGAGGGCUGCAGAAGGACUACCAAUCCCGACAACGAAACCAUUGUUCUGAAGAGGUCUGACUAUGAGAAGACCUGUUCCGAACUUGCCUCCAGCAGGACAAUGAUAGAGGAUCUUAAAAAAAAAGAAGAGGAAUGCAAUAGAAUGCUGAGGAACUACGACGCAACUCUUACGUAUGCGUUGGAAAGAAACGAAAAGGAGAAGAUUCUUUUGGAGAGUACCAUCAUGAAUGAGGAGAUAGAAAGGUUAAAGUCUAAUGAAUACAGGCUGAAAAGUUACAUUCAAGCGUUGAAGAGGGAUUUGUUUGCAAGUGAAGACAAAAUGGAGUCUCUCCGGAAGGCAAACAAUGAAAGAAUAGAGUUUUUGGUUGGGCAAGUUGAAGAGGCUAAGGGGAUGUACGAAGAGGAGAAAAGAAAGGUUUCCUACUUGAGCAAGAGACUGAAUGAGCUGGAAGAUGCUUUUGGAGUGAGGUGCAGGGAAAUGGUCGAGCUGGCCGAGUACUGUAAAUACCUGUUGCGGUAG